CCGCUCUGCCAGCUCAGUCGUCCGAAACAGUGACCGUAGAAUGUCACUGAGUGACCCGAGAUAUCAGUCAGAUAAUAAGAAAUAUGAACUGCGUUAUAGCGAGUGCCCUUAUUCUACUCUGUGGACACAAUGUCGGGGCCAAGACGGAAUCCGAUUAUACAAUAGUGCGGGGAAAUUUACUGGCGGAGGAGUCCGAACUGCAAGUGGGUGGCAAUGUUAGACUCACUGACGAAGAAAUCAAGGCAAAUGAUAUUCUAAUGCGUUACAAGAACGAAGAAGUGGACGAAUCCUUCCUCAAUCCUGGAAAAUUCAAUUUCUCGAGACACUAUUUCACAUAUAAAAAUGAUAUCAUCAAUUCCAAAGUGUAUCAGAUGAUAAGACGAAUGCCCAAAGGAGCGGCUCUACACGUUCACAGCUCGUUAAUGCUAAGUACAGAUCGCUUACUCGAGCUGACGUAUAUGGACCACUUAUACGCAUGUAUCGCGGACAGUGAUUUAAAUUUAUACUUCUCUGACCACGUCCCCCAGCGACCUUGUAAAUUUAGAUGGCAACUGCUCAGUGAACUGAGAAACAAUUCCGAAAAUGUUCAAGAAUUCGAUGACAACUUAAAAAGGCACUUCACCAUGUGCUCUGAUGAUGAAAAAGAAUACAUGGGAGAUGUCAAUUACGUCUGGAAAAGGUUUAACAAAGUAGCGGAAGUGAUCAGAGAAUUGAUAGCUUACAGGCCAGCCCGGGAAAAGUUCUUCUACGAGGCUUUACGAGAGUUUUACCAGGACAAUAUUAUGUACAUCGAAGUCAGAAGUGGAUUGAAAAUUUUGUACGAACUGAAUGGUACGCAACACGACCAGACGUAUCUACCUCGACUGUAUAACAAGGUAGCGAAGCAAUUCAAGGCAGAUCAUCCAGAUUUUAUGGGCAUCAAAUUCAUUGUUACAAAAUAUCGCGGCACAGGAAUUGAGAAAAUCAUCAAUAGCAUUAAUUUAGCUCGGCGAAUAAAAGAAGAAGUCCCGGAAGUGUUCGCUGGUUUCGAUUUAGUGGGUCAGGAAGACUUGGGGAAACCAUUGCUCGACUUCCUCCCGAUCCUCUCUGAGGCGAAGAAGGAUAUGAAUUUUUAUUUCCAUGGCGGAGAAACGAACUGGUUUGGAACUGUUUCAGAUGAGAACUUGGUGGAUGCAAUUCUUUUAGGAUCUAAAAGGAUAGGUCACGGAUAUGCACUUAUUAAACAUCCAUCGCUUAUGGCUGCAGUGAGGAAUAGAGAUAUAGCGAUUGAAGUGAAUGUGGUGUCAAAUGUUGUGUUGUCUUUAGUUUGUGAUGUAAGGAACCAUCCGUUAGCUACGUACUUAGCUCUCGGAAUGCCUAUUGUUAUAUCAAGUGACGAUCCUGGAGCCUGGGGGGCGGAUCCACUAUCUACGGACUAUUACAUCGCAUUUGUUGGUAUUGCCAGCAAGAAAGCUGAUUUACGUAUGUUAAAACAAUUAGUAAUAAACUCUAUUAGAUAUAGUGCAUUAGAUAAUAAAGAUAAAUUAGACAUGUUUAGACAGUUAUAUAGGAAUUGGAAUGUUUUUGUUAAGGAUAUAAUUAGAUUGUAUGGUUGAUGGACACUUAAUUGUAAUUUAACUUUAUUAGAAUCUGGUUGUGUAUUAAUGCCAAAGAAUACAAUCAAAUUUUAUUGCAUACGUAUCUUGCUCCAUUUUUUCAAACGGCACAUCAUAUAGGAGACUCAAAUGUAUCCGCGGAUUAUAUCCCCCUGACAAGGGAUAAAAUGAACGUAUCCACCUGCGUAAAUACGGUAAUAGGAGUUUACCUGGGUUUAUACUUCCACUUCAAAAGCUCGGAAAGUUGAUAAAGCUGUGGGAGAAGUUACAUUUUUUCCUUUCUCCGGGGAGAAUAAUGUCUCCUGCCAACGGAUAUAAGCGGUUCAGGCGUAAUAAGGUAACAGACGGUCAGAUAUAUAGAUUUGUUUUUGAUAUACAUAUAUGUACACUGGAAGCACAGAUUUGAUGGAAGAGAUUUGUUUACAAAAGAUUAACACCACUGUUCCAAUUCAAUGAUUAAAAGGAAGAUUAUGAUUUAAGUCAGCACGUUUUCUAUCAAGUUACGUUAGUUGCAUUAAGUUACACGUAUUUAUAAUAAAUAAUCAAGUUGAGAAAAUCCGUAUUAUUUCUUCAGUUUUAAGACUAUGGAUUCGUUUGAGACCUAGAUUACGAUGUAGAAUAUAAAUAACUUUGUAUUAAAUAAAAUAUUUAUUUAUUGUUCAA